CCGUAGUUCAAGAUGGAGUCUGCGCCUUAUUUUGUAGCUUUCCACCUACAGUAAUCAUAAUAUGGCAAAUUAUAUCAGUGAUUUUUAAAGUUCUGAGUUUGAGAAGUUCAUUUUUUCUUUGCUUCUCGUCAAAUCUGUUUGGGAUUUGAAUAUAGGUAUUUGAUGAAAAGAGAGGUUAUUUGCUAAAAAUCUUGUCAACUGAAACAUCUAGCUAGGUAGCGAUCGGUUAAGUGGUUGGAAUGUUCAUAAACGUUCUUUUAAUUCGGAGAUCGAUAUGACGUUGAGAGAGUUAAAGGUUUGCCUUCUUGGGGACACUGGGGUUGGAAAGUCAAGCAUUGUUUGGAGGUUUGUGGAGGACAACUUUGACCCUAACAUUAAUCCAACUAUUGGGGCAUCCUUCAUGACAAAGACGGUGCAGUAUCAAAAUGAGCUUCACAAAUUUCUCAUCUGGGACACUGCAGGGCAAGAGAGAUUCCGUGCGUUGGCGCCAAUGUACUACAGAGGCUCUGCGGCAGCCAUCAUUGUUUAUGACAUCACUAAAGAGGACUCGUUCCAGACGUUAAAGAACUGGGUGAAGGAGCUUCGUCAGCACGGCCCGCCCAACAUCGUGGUAGCCAUCGCUGGCAACAAGUGUGACCUAUCCGAUGCCAGGGAGGUCUCGGAGAAGGAUGCCAAGGACUACGCUGACUCCAUCCACGCCAUCUUUGUGGAGACCAGCGCCAAGAACGCCAUUAACAUCAAUGAGGUCUUUAUAGAGAUAAGUCAACGGAUCCCUGUCCUAGAUGCAGGGGGAGGGGCUGCAGGGAAUGGCUUCAAACUGCGCCGGCGGCCCUCAGAGACCCGGACCCGGACCUGCUGCUGAUGCUGCCAGUGAUUCCUGACCGUAGUCCCCAUAUUGACCCUUGACCCCUGACCCUUCUCUGCUUGCAGCCUCCAUAAUCCCCCCCUAACCACAGACCUGCGUCACAGAGACCUGGGAGCUGUAAAUUCCACUCCUCCAUCAGGAAACCCUGAUUACUACCGCCAUUGCGUCCUGCGUCUAAUGCUACACUGUAAAGAGAGAGCAGCCGAGCAAAUUACAGUUCACUGGGAUAUAUGACCAUAUCUCAUCGUUCUAUGCGGCUAACUUUGGCUCAGUUAUUGUGAAGCUGUAGUCUUGUGUUGUUAAUGCCUAUCUGGAGCCCAAAAGGUUCAAAUGAAGUCCACAGCCUUUAAAGGCGCUGUAUUUGUCGUGCAGCAUUUACAGUGAUAUGACCUCUGCAGAAGUCAGGGCAUUUUAUUAUUAUUGCUCUUAUCCAAGCAGCACAGAGCUGUUGUGAAGGAAGUUGUCAUGGUAGUGAGUUUGUGUUUAUGCUGGACCUCCCGCCCACUCCUACCGUCAACCAAUCGUGUCACUGCGGAGUUAUACGGAGCACUCUGUAUUGUUACAAAAUUUGAGAUGCGCACAGCGAUGUGGUGUGGAGCUGAAUUGUGUCACACCAUCCUUACGGUGAAUCCGACUACAUUUUUGGAUUAAGCAUAAAUUGGAUCUCAGUAUUUAGCCUUUAGGUUCGCCAAGUAGGUCUAUGGCAGCUAUUCUUUAGGAUCGCCAAGUAGGUCUAUGGCAGCUAUUCUUUAGGAUCGCCAAGUAGGUCUAUGGCAGCUAUCCUUUAGGUUUGCCAAGUAGGUCUAUGGCAGCUAUCCUUUAGGUUUGCCAAGUAGGUCUAUGGCAGCUAUCCUUUAGGUUCGCCAAGUAGGUCUAUGGCAGCUAUCCUUUAGGAUUGCCAAGUAGGUCUAUGGCAGCUAUCCUUUCGGAUUGCCAAGUAGGUCUAUGGCAGCUAUCCUUUAGGAUUGCCAAGUAGGUCUAUGGCAGCUAUCCUUUAGGAUUGCCAAGUAGGUCUAUGGCAGCUAUCCUUUAGGUUUGCCAAGUAGGUCUAUGGCAGCUAUCCUUUAGGUUUGCCAAGUAGGUCUAUGGCAGCUAUCCUUUAGGAUUGCCAAGUAGGUCUAUGGCAGCUAUCCUUUAGGAUUGCCAAGUAGGUCUAUGGCAGCUAUCCUUUAGGAUCGCCAAGUAGGUCUAUGGCAGCUAUCCUUUAGGAUCGCCAAGUAGGUCUAUGGCAGUCUUACCCCCCUCCUUGCUGUGUUCACUUCAUCCUCCCGUUUUCCAGAUCUGUGGCUCGUCCAAGCCUAUGGCACCAGAUUCCUAUGUGGCUCUGGUCAAAAGUAGUGCACCUUAUACACUGAGUGUACAAAACAUUAAGAACACCUUCCUAAUAUUGAGUUGUCAGCCUCGUUUAGUUGGGGCAUGGACUCUACAAGGUGUC